UACUUGCCCGUUCAGCGUCCAGCCUUCAAAUUUUCUUCUGCAGUUUCGUGUGCCCCGGAUUGCCGAGAGAGCGAGCGAGCGAGCAAAAGUGUUGUGAAGACUUUUCCCUGCAGCCUCCGAAGUUGUUUGAAGAAAAAGAAGAGCGAUCUAACGGGGAACUUAAAAGAAAAGAGAUUGUACGGCUGCAUGAGAAGGCGCAGGCGCUCAAUUUAUAGCUGCUGUUACACAGCCUCCCCGAGGAAAAUGAAGAAGCUUUUGAGGUGCUGGACAUGCUUGCCUUUCAUCCUUUGCACUAUCCCAACUAAUUGUGGAUCAACUCAGGAUAUCUGUAAAAUCACAGAUAAAAUGGCAGACUGCACUCAUUUAAAACUGUCUCAAAUUCCCUCCAGUCUCCCAACUGACAUAACAGCCUUGGAUAUUUCACAUAACCAGCUGAGAACACUGCCACCUAAAAACCUUACGAAGUACAAUCAGCUCAUAUAUUUAAAUGUGGGAUUCAAUUCCAUCUCUAAACUAGAGAUGCACUUGUGCCUCAGUUUACCUUUGUUAGAGGUACUGAGGCUGGAGCACAAUCAGUUGCAUAUAUUACAUGGAGACGUUUUUACUUCCUGUACCAAUCUGAGAGAGCUUAAUUUGGGAUUCAACUUCCUGAAUGCAAAAAAUGAUCUUUUCAAAAAUCUGAAGAAUUUGACAUUCUUGGAUGUCUCUCAUAAUUUCCUAAGUUCUACAAAAUUAGGGUCUCAGCAGCAAUUAGAGAAUCUACAAGAGCUUGUGAUGUCUCAAAACCAAAUUACAGAAUUAAAGAAAGAAGAUCUAUACUUUCUUCGUAACUCUUCAUUAAAAAGGUUGGACCUUUCAUCAAACCCCAUAAAAAAGUUUCAACCAGGCUGCUUCCAUGCUAUUGAAAACAUAUAUGGCCUUGAUCUGAGCAACAUUCCAUUGGGACAUGAUGGCACAGAGAAACUUUGUUUGGAAUUAUCUGGCACAAAAAUACAGAACCUUUCAAUGAGCAAAGUACAACUUUCACGGAUUUCCAAUUCGACCUUUAGUGGAAUGAGUAAAACAAACCUUACCAUUUUAAACCUAUCAAAUAAUUAUUUGUCUGUUAUUGAAAAUACCUCAUUUAUAUAUUUUUCAAAUUUAAAAAAACUAAAUCUAAUGAAUAACAAUAUUACAAAACUUUUUUCUCAUUCUCUUUAUGGGCUUCACAAUUUGAACUAUUUGAACUUAGAAAAUUCACAUGUCAGAAUAAUUGAUUCGGCUUUCCAGUGGCUAACUCACUUGAAUUACCUUAUUAUGGAUGGUAAUAGAUUUCUAGAGAUUACUCCUCAUACAUUUAAAGGUUUAGAAAAUUUGAAAAACUUGAGUUUAUGUCAGUGCAACAUAAAUUCAAUAACAAAUAUGACAUUUGCUUCACUUGCAAAUUCUUCCCUGCAGUUUCUCAAUCUAACAAAAACUGGAAUCAUUUCUAUCAAGUCCAAAGCUUUUUCUUGGCUAAGGCAAUUAAAAAUGCUUGAUUUAGGUUUAAAUAAUAUUAAGCAGAACCUUACAGGUCAGGAAUUUCAAGGUCUUAGUAAUAUUGAGACUCUGUAUCUUUCAUAUAACUAUCAGUUGAAUUUGACGAGUGAAGCAUUCACUCUUAUUCCAAGCCUUCGAAAGCUGAGAAUGAGAAAGGUACGUUGCAGUAAUCUUGCAAUCACCCCCUCACCAUUUCGUAAAUUAAAGAAUUUGACAAUCCUGGAUAUGGGUAACAACAAUAUUGCUAACAUAAAGGAUGAUAUAUUUGAUGGACUGCAUCAGCUUGAAAUUCUUGACCUGCAGCACAAUAAUCUGGCUCAACUUUGGAAACACACCAACCCAGAUGGUCCUGUUCUCUUUCUCAAAGAUCUUCACAACCUUCGUCUACUAGAUUUAGAAUCAAAUGGCUUUGAUGAGAUUCCACACAAGGCUUUCCAUGGCUUAUAUUUAUUGAGAAGCUUGAAUUUAAAUUCCAAUCUCUUAAAUCUGCUUCCCAGUUCUGUUUUUGAUGAUCUUACAUCUCUGAGUUUUCUCUUCCUCCAGAAGAAUAUGAUCACAGCUAUUGAUGAAAAAGUAUUUGGUGCUGUUUUCAAACAUCUAAAAGUAUUAAAUAUGGCUUCAAAUCCAUUUGACUGUACUUGUGACAGUAUAACUUGGUUUGUUAGUUGGCUCAAUAGCAACAAAACAUAUAUCUCAAAUUUAAACAGUUAUCAAUGCAACACUCCACCCAAAUAUCAUUCUAAUUCAGUAGCACAAUUUGAUACUUCUAUAUGUGACAAUGUCCCCUUUAAGCUAAUAUACAUUUUGUGCACUACUUCUGUAUUAUUCGUCAUCUCUAUAGCUCUGCUUGUUCACUUUGAAGGAUGGAGAAUUAAAUUUAUGUACACUGUGGCUAUAAACAGAGUAUUAGGCCUCAAAGAAAUAGAUAGACCACAACAGCACUUUGAAUAUGAUGCCUACAUCAUUCAUGCCAAGAAGGACAUGAACUGGGUAUAUAAGAACUUUAUUACCCUUGAAGAAAAUAAUCAACCAGCCAUUCGAUUUUGUUUAGAGGAACGAGAUUUUGAAGCUGGAAUAUCUGAAUUUGAAGCCAUCAUCAAUAGCAUACAGAGAAGUAGAAAAAUCAUAUUUAUUGUAACUAAACAUCUCUUAAAAGAUCCCUGGUGUAAAAGGUUCAAAGUGUACCAUGCUAUACAGCACGCUAUUGAACAAAGUCGAGACUCUGUUAUACUCAUUUUUCGACAUGAUAUUCCUGAUUACAAGUUAAAGAAUGCACUUUGUUUACGAAGAGCAAUGUUCAAAUCUCAUUGUGUCUUGGAGUGGCCUGUGCAGAAAGAACGUCUGAAUGUCUUUUACCAGCAAUUGAAAUCAGCACUUCAAUCUAGUAGUAGGAUAAUAUGAUUUGUUUUAAGAA